GGGGAUGAGGUGGGUGGCGCUAGAAACCACUUAGCUACAGCCAACCGCCCAAUGCAGCACUCGCUCGCUCCCCCCGCCAGCGGAAGCGCCCGCGGAGCACAAUGCAGCACUGAGGCAGCGCCGCGGUGGAGGCUGCAGCGCCGCGGUCGCCGCAGCACCGGCCGGGGCUGGGAGGGGGCGGCCCAGGCGAGCCGGGGCCGCGGGGCGCGGGAUCCGGACGCGGCUGCCCGGGCAUGAGGAGCUGAGCGUCUCGGGCGAGGAGGGCUGACGGCUGCACCAUGCAGGCGGCGGCGGCUGUAUCCGUGCCCUUCUUACUGCUCUGCGCCCUGGGGACCUGUCCCCCGGCGGGCUGCGGCCGGGCAGGAGACGCCUCGUUGACGGAGCUGGAGAGGAGGAAGGAAAACCGCUUCCUGGAGCGCCAGAGCAUCGUGCCACUCCGGCUCAUCUACAGCUCGGGCGAAGACGAAACUGGGCACGACGCGCUCGAUACGCGGGUGCGGGGCGACCCCGGCGGCGGGCAGUUGACUCACGUUGACCAGGCAAGCUUCCUGCUGGGUGCCUUUGGAACAUCGUUUAUUCUUGAUGUCCUGCUAAAUCAUGAUUUGCUGUCCUCUGAAUACGUGGAGAGACACAUUGAACAUGGAGGGAAGACUGUGGAAGUGAAAGGAGGAGAGCACUGUUACUACCAGGGCCGCAUCCGAGGAAACCCUGCCUCAUUUGUGGCAUUGUCAACAUGCCAUGGACUUCAUGGGAUGUUCUAUGAUGGGAACCACACCUAUCUCAUCGAGCCAGAAGGAAAUGACACCUCCCAAGAGGAUUUCCGUUUUCAUUCGGUUUACAAAUCCAGACUGUUUGAAUUUCCCUUGGAUGAUCUUCCAUCUGAAUUCCAACAAGUAAACAUCACUCCACCAAAAUUUAUUUUGAAGCCAAGACCAAAACAGAGUAAACGACAGCUUCGUCGAUAUCCUCGUAACGUAGAGGAGGAAACCAAAUAUAUUGAACUGAUGAUUGUGAAUGAUCAUCUCAUGUUUAAAAAACAUCGGCUUUCAGUGGUACUUACCAAUACCUACGCGAAAUCUGUGGUGAACAUGGCGGAUUUAAUAUAUAAAGACCAACUUAAGACAAGGAUAGUAUUGGUUGCCAUGGAAACCUGGGCGGCUGACAACAAGUUUGCCAUAUCUGAAAAUCCAUUGAUCACCCUACGUGAGUUUAUGAAAUACAGGAGGGAUUUUAUCAAAGAGAGAAGUGAUGCAGUUCACCUUUUUUCGGGAAGUCAAUUUGAGAGUAGCCGGAGCGGGGCAGCGUAUAUUGGCGGGAUUUGCUCGUUGCUGAAAGGAGGCGGCGUGAAUGAAUUUGGGAAAACGGAUUUAAUGGCAGUUACGCUUGCCCAGUCGUUAGCCCAUAAUAUUGGUAUUAUCUCAGACAAAAGAAAGUUAGCAAGUGGUGAGUGUAAAUGUGAGGACACGUGGUCUGGAUGCAUAAUGGGAGACACUGGCUAUUAUCUUCCUAAAAAGUUCACCCAGUGUAGUAUUGAAGAGUAUCAUGACUUCCUGAAUAGUGGAGGUGGUGCCUGCCUUUUCAACAAACCUUCUAAGCUUCUCGAUCCUCCUGAGUGUGGCAAUGGCUUCAUUGAAACUGGAGAGGAGUGUGACUGUGGGACCCCGGCAGAAUGUGUCCUUGAAGGAGCAGAGUGUUGUAAGAAAUGCACCUUGACUCAAGACUCCCAGUGCAGUGAUGGUCUUUGUUGUAAAAAGUGCAAGUUUCAGCCUAUGGGAACUGUAUGCCGUGAAGCAGUAAAUGACUGUGAUAUUCGUGAAACAUGCUCAGGAAAUUCAAGCCAGUGUGCCCCCAAUAUUCAUAAGAUGGAUGGUUAUUCAUGUGAUGGUGUCCAGGGAAUUUGCUUCGGAGGAAGAUGUAAAACCAGGGAUAGACAAUGCAAAUACAUCUGGGGGCAAAAGGUGACAGCAUCAGACAAAUACUGCUAUGAGAAACUGAAUAUUGAAGGCACCGAGAAGGGUAACUGUGGGAAAGACAAAGACACAUGGAUACAGUGCAACAAACGGGAUGUGCUUUGUGGUUACCUUUUGUGUACGAACAUUGGUAAUAUCCCGAGGCUUGGAGAACUCGAUGGUGAAAUCACAUCUACUUUAGUUGUACAGCAGGCAAGAACAUUAAACUGCAGUGGUGGGCAUGUUAAGCUUGAUGAAGAUGUAGACCUUGGCUAUGUGGAAGAUGGGACACCUUGUGGUCCCCAAAUGAUGUGCUUAGAACACAGGUGUCUUCCUGUGGCUUCCUUCAACUUUAGUACUUGUUUAAGCACUAAAGAAGGCACUGUUUGUUCAGGAAAUGGAGUUUGCAGUAAUGAGCUGAAGUGUGUGUGUAACAGACACUGGGUAGGUGAGGACUGCAGCACUUACUUCCCUUACAAUGAUGAUGCAAAGGCUGGCAUUACUCUGUCUGGCAAUGGUGUUGCUGGUACCAAUAUUAUAAUAGGCAUAAUUGCUGGCACCAUUUUAGUGCUGGCCCUCAUAUUAGGAAUAACUGCAUGGGGCUAUAAAAACUAUCGAGAACAGAGACAGUUACCCCAGGGAGAUUAUGUAAAAGAGCCUGGAGAUGGCGACUCUUUUUAUAGCGACAUUCCUCCUGGAGUGAGCACAAACUCAGCAUCUAGUUCUAAGAAGAGGUCAAAUGGACUCUCUCAUUCUUGGAGUGAAAGGAUUCCAGACACAAAACAUAUUUCAGACAUCUGUGAAAAUGGGCGACCUCGCAGUAACUCUUGGCAAGGUAACCUGGGAGGCAACAGAAAGAAAAUCAGAGGCAAAAGAUUUAGACCUCGGUCUAAUUCAACUGAGAGGGAGCCCCAAGCACCUGAGCCUGGGCACUCCCUCGCCCAGACAGUCCCAUCCCAAGGCAUAAACCCAGGGGGCUCUGACAGCCCCCAGACAGGGAGUCUGGAUCACAGGUAUUUAAACCCAUGGUUCAAAAGAGACUAUAAUGUAGCUAAGUGGGUAGAAGAUGUGAAUAAAAACACUGAAGGACCAUACUUUAGGACUUUAUCUCCUGCCAAGUCUCCUUCUUCGUCAACUGGGUCUAUUGCCUCCAGCAGAAAAUACCCUUAUCCAAUGCCUCCCCUUCCCGAUGAGGAGAAGAAAGUGAACCGACAAAGUGCCAGGCUAUGGGAGACAUCCAUUUAAGAUCAGCUGUUUACAUAUGAUACAUCGAAACUGUUUACUUCAACUUUUAUAGAAACUCAGCCUCACUGAAUCACUGCAAAUCUAUCUGCUCUUCAAACAACUCCAAAACAUCUCUGAAUGCCACAGAGGAGAGGAAGCCGAGACUCACAUCUGGAUACCAUUUUCUUUUUGUCAUUGGCUUCAGAUUUAAUUGAACCAUGAAAAGAACUACUGAAAUGUUACACUAUAACAUGGAACAACUAAGGUACUGGUAUGUUAAUGGAUAAUCCGCAUGACAGAUAUAUGUAGAAAUAUCACUGAAAUUAACUCACAUGACCCAAAUGUAGCAAGUUUCCUAAGGGACAAUAGUGGAUUCAGAACUUGACAUUCUGAAGCACAUCCUCAUUGUAGACAGUAAUGCUAUGUGCAUGAAGCUUCUGUUUAUUGUUUUCCACAUUUCAGGAAACAACAUCCCAUAAUAGAAACUAGCAUGCAGGGCUAAGGCAUAUAGGAUUUCUUCUGCAGGACUUUAAAGCUUGAGAGGCCAAUAUCCCAUAUGCUAACUGUAAACAUGUAUUUUUCUUUUUUUUCUUUUUUUUUACUUUUCAUAUUUAUAUCAGCAUACAAGGACAAUUGUACAUAUGUAAACAUUUUUAAAAUUAAAAAAAAAGCAGCUGUUACACACAACUGUAUUUUGCCAGAUGCCUAAAAACAAUCAGUCACAAUCACGUCAUCAUCAUCCAUCAAAUGGUCUUUAAAGAUUAUGACCGGAUGAUGUUGUAAAUAUAGUGGUCAGGGCUGUAUAUGUGUCUCCCCAUAAUCGGUAUUUGUCCAAACCAUGUGCUAUCCCUUUAAAGUGUGCACAGUCUAGAGGCAGUUUUACUGAGUAAUUAAUUGAACAAGAGAACAAAAUGUCCGACAGAACUUAGGGCCUCCACAGCUUGCUUACUGCCUCAAGGCGCUCUGCUGCCAGCUGGCUGCUCCCUGGGAAUCCUCCAGGCUGUCCAUCUUCCUUCUGGGGGCUACAGCGCCUGCCUCAGUGGCUAUUCUUUUUCGGUGCCAGAGCACAUCUGCUAGUCUUACCUGGGGGUGCCUGGGAGCCCCACAGCAGUGUGUCCUGCUGAGUUAAACAAAUGCACCAAAGACACAGGAGGCCACAGCUGCUGAUGCAUUGGUAGCUUCCAACUUGCCAAUACUCUAACCCUUUGUGGCCUAAACUUUUGUUCUUUAACAAAGCUUUUUAGCCACCCUUAUCUGUGACAUGAAUGACGUGUUUUAAUGAAAACAACUUUCACACUGUUUAUUGAGGGUAUUUAUCAUCGGUGGGACGUGAGUCCCAGCAGGUCAUUCUGCACUGAUGUGUAAGUAAGAUAUGGAAGGUUCUACCAGCUGGGCUGGGAAGCCUCAACAGGUCGCAGAGGGUUCAAAGAAACCUAAAACCCCAAGGGUGCAGCAACUGUGAAGUUAUCCAGACAGCUGGCAAGGGGUAGAAUCUGAUGUUCUGAACUCUCUAUUUUUUUAAUUCACAGAAAAGUGAGAAAUCUAUGUUAAAUCCCCUUCUUUAAAACCGAAGUUCGAUAGCUGUCAUCAUGCAGCUCUGCCAUUCUUAAAGAAAACUUCUCUUGGGAGGCGACCCUAGUGAGCUCAGAAAUUAAUGGGAUCAAUCAGAUGCUUUGAUGUAAAGAGUACUUCUAAAUUUUCUAAUUUUCUCUCCUUUUUCUUGAGAGGAAUGGAAUCUGCAGACAAGAUUUCAGAAAUAUCCUCUAAAUUUGAUCUCUGCCAGUAGUGUUCGAGGACAAAACCCAUUUCAUCUCCGUGUGUAAUCAUCUUGGAGGCCCAAACUAAAGGGCCUAUUAGAAGGCAGUGUUUUCUCCUCUAUGUGUCUAUGUCUUCCAUAACGGACCUCUCUUCUGAAAGUCUUUGAAAACAUUUGAAAAGCAGUUUAAUUAUCCAAAAUGAUAAAGUAUAAGCAGCAGUUUUCAUGACAGGAAGGGAUGUGAUUGUCGAGACUACAAUAAAAUGAUCCAUCAGUCUCAAGUGGGGCGAUGUUGCCAUAUAGCCCAAGCCAAGGACAGGAGGGCAGACAGGUUUAAAGAUGUAGCAAAUAAAGUGGCUUCUGACCAAGAUCACUUUAAUGUGCACUGAAUGUUUUCUGAUAUUGAGUGUAUAAAAGGCUAAUGUUAGAAGGUUUAUUUUGACUAUAAAAGAGUUAUAGAUUUGAAUGUAAGGUACCUCAUGUAAAUAUGCUUCCUAGUUAUGGUUCCACAUCCCUCAUUUGAAAGAAUCCACAAAUGAUUAGCUAUGUAGUCGAUGGAUCCCUUCACCCUUCUCUCUUUCCUCACCGUCUCAAUUAUUUUUACAUGAAGAUUAUUAUUUCAAGUGAAAAAUCAUUAUUUGUGCCUUUUGGGAGACAUGGUUGCUCUAGAGGUAUACAGUUUAUAGUCAUCCCCCUCGAUAAUAAACUUCAUAUAGAACUGAAUGAAAAGUGUUUUAUUUGCAGAGAGACUAUGAUUUUAUGGUACCUUUGGUGUUCUAUUCUAGAUAUCUACUCUAGGAAUGUGUAAACAUUCUUACAGCCAUUUGCCGCAUUCUUUGACAAGUUUAUAAGUUCAGUGGCUACUUGUGAGAAGCACCUAUAUGUGAACUCAUGGUUGUUGUUCUAGGUGUAUUAAAUCUAAAUAUCUAUGACUUUUCAUCCACUGAGGCAGGGAGAAUGGACCCAUGGCACUAAAUGCAAGCACAGCAUUAUUAUUAUUAUUAAUUUUUUUGAGUAUCUAUUUUGGAGAGCAACUUUGAGGCCACAUAGCAGUUUGUGUAUCAUGAAACUAAUAUUUAUAGCCCCCAGUCAACUAUAGGACUGUUAUACUAAGCAGAGAAGAGCAGCUUUUUGGCCUUUGUGUUCCAUUGUAUGCCUUUUUCCUCUCUUUCUGAAGUUUUGUGCGUAGAUUAGACUUCAGAUUGACAACUCUGCAGCCUGAGAUGUUCCAUUUAUCCAUAGUCGUUACAGUAUAGUAAACCCAGAUUUAAAGCAACACAUAUCUCUCCCCUAAGAGUGUCAACAAAGGAGGUGUGGGAAACAUGGAGCUAUAAAGGAGCUGACUGGUCAGAUUAACUGGUCUCUGUGUCCAGCCCCUCAUUCUUUAGACAGAAAGUGGCACCCUCCUCUGGGGUCUCCCAGCUGGAAAGUGGCCCCCAGGCCACAUGCAAUCGGUGGAAAGGAAUAAACUCCUCAAACAGUGCAGCACCAGGAGGCCUUUCAAUUUGUGGUUGCUGUAUUUUUUUAAAGAUACCCAGUGCUUUUCCUUAAAAUAAAACGUUGACUAAUAAAGUAAAUGCCAAAGCUAUUUUCCAGGUUGAUAUAUAGGUGCUUUAUUAAAUGAUACUACAGUUUCACUCCCCUGCCCACCUCCACACCCCCUGGCUUUAAAAAGGCUUUUAAAAUUGUGUUACUGUGUAAAGUCAAUCCAGCAUAGAUUUCUGAACAUAAGAUUGAUAGGGUUUCUAAAAGAAGUCGCUGAAAAGAUAAAAUCAGGUAUUCUGCACACUUCCACAGAAGGACUAUUUAUGUUUGAAUUCCCAAACAGUCUUAACAUUUCUCAUUUUUUCUGUUGAUCCCCUUGCAGAUUUGCAUAAUUUAAUCCCGUCUAUUGUCUCAGAUCUUUUUGUGUCUCCUUUACCUUUUACCUUCUUAGAUUUUCUUCUUUAAUUUUUAUAGUUACCUAUGGGCUAGAGGAAAUAUGCUAUUUCUGUUCACUUUCAGUGUUUCAAAAUUGUUCAUUUAUUAAUCUCACCCAUUCUUCAUUUCCUGCUGUCAUGUAGUUCUAUUUUAACAUAUAUAUUUAGUGCUUUAAAUAUUUCCUUGUGUUAUUCGACAUGAUAAUAAAUCCUUACGUAAAGAGAA